AUGCCCAACCCCAUCCCCUUCCCUAGGCUAAGAUGUGUUGAAUCCGGUUUCGUCGUGUGUGUGGUUACGUGGACACUUUGUUGGAGACGCAGGGACAGGCAGCGUGACGUUCAAACGCAAAAAGCGACAUCGAGAGAAACAUCCGCCGUUCGUAAGGCUGCCCGCAAUGGCACCCAUACCACAACUACUUCAGGCCUCGCUCCAACCUAUCUCCAAGCCAAUCUCAUCAUCCUCCCGUCGCGCUAUGCAGCCGACUUCCGUAUCCUCUGCGCCCGAAAUCCAGUUCCUUGCCCUCUGAUAGCAGAAUCAGCAGCGGUUGGAAAGUUCGAUGAAGUCAGGUCGUGGAUUGAUGGACUUUCAGGGGAGGGGCUUAUCUCAGGGGUCGACAUUCGACAAGACGCUCCAAAAUACAUGGUUUAUAAAGACAGUAAGCUGGCAGAGUCUGAGUGUGCGGAUAUUGUUGCAGAGUGGACGGAAGAUCAUGUUGCGUUCCUCAUUGGCUGCUCAUUCAGCUUCGAGUCGGCUCUUGCUAAAGCGGGGCUGGAACCACGACACUCGCGACUGGAUCGGACAGUUCCAAUGUACAGAACCAAUAUUCCUCUCUGUCCAGCAGGCGUGUUCACUUCGAGCAGUUAUGUCGUUUCGAUGAGACCGUAUAAGAGCACCGAAAUCGAAGCCGUUCGGGAUAUAACCAGACCAUAUAUAGCUACCCACGGGGAGCCGAUUGCUUGGGGAUGGGAUGCUGCAGAGAGGCUGGGGAUCAAAGACAUCGAUAUUCCAGAUUGGGGCUCUCCACCUUUGACUCUGAGCGGACAGCCACUUGGCGCGCACGCAGGAAGUGAUUCUGAAGUACCUGUCUUCUGGGGCUGCGGCGUAACACCACAGGAAGCUGUCAUGAAAGCUGAUUUGCAGGGCACAAUCAUGUCACAUGCGCCGGGAUAUAUGCUUGUCUUGGACUGCCGUGACUGGGACAUUAUAAAGGAGAAACGAAGAUGA